AUGUCAAACAUUUCCAAUGAAAUAGAUUUGAAUGAGAACAAAGAGAGAAAAUCAGAAGCAGAACAAGACUUAGAAGAUGAAGAAAGUUUCUCACAUGCAAUACAACUAUGCAGUUCUACUGUGCUACCAAUGGCUCUUCAAUCUGCAACCGAGCUUGGUGUUCUCGACGUGUUGCUAAAAGCUGGUAACGAUGCUCAACUCUCCGCUGACGAGAUAGCGUCUCGUCUCUCAUGUACUAAUCUAGAUGCUCCCAAAAUGUUGGAUCGGAUCCUUGCUCUUCUUGCAUCUAAUUCUAUAUUGAAAUGUUUUGUUCUUCAAGAUGAAGAAAAGCUUGGAUCGUUUCGUAGACUUUAUAGUAUGGCUCCUGUUGCUAGAUUCUUCGCUCGUGAUUCUGAUGGUGUUUCGUUAGGGCCCUUAUUGUCUUUGAUUCAGGAUAAAGUCUUCUUAGCUAGUUGGUAA